AAACGACGACAAAUGUAACAAAAAAAAACUCCUAAUAAAUAAAUAAUAUAUAACGAAGGAAAACUGCAUCCACUACUCAUUCAACCGGCCGAGCCGAACGAGCGCUGCCAUUGGCCAACAGAGCCAAAGUCUCCACGCCCCAUCGACGUACACAAACUGCACGCCCUCACUGAGCUGUUCGCUCCGUCGGUUCCAGUCUUGUUCGGGACAUCGUUGCGACGGCAUUUCGUACGUUUUUUUGGAUGGUUUCAAAUAGUAUUUUUAAAUAUUUUUACAAAAAUCAACAUUCGUACACGCUUAAGGUUUAACCCGUAGGAUAUUCCCACGUGCCGUCUGCGAACCCGCUGCUGAUGGUUAUUGCAUCGAACUGCUAUUAAUUUUCACUUGGUGAUUGCUAAUAACUUUGUGAUCUUAGUUAAUCGAUGUUGUUCCGUUCAUUUAAAGUUUCAAACGCGGUCAAAGAAAGAUGACAGUUACCAACUUCGGCAUGAUGAGGCCUUGUUUUACCGGAUACCCUUUCCAAGGCCAAGGCCGGGUGAACCAGUUAGGUGGUGUGUUCAUCAACGGUCGGCCAUUACCCAACCACAUAAGGUUGAAAAUUGUCGAGAUGGCUGCAGCCGGAGUCAGGCCAUGUGUUAUAUCCAGACAAUUACGCGUUUCCCAUGGAUGCGUUUCGAAAAUCCUGAACAGAUAUCAGGAAACGGGAAGCAUUAGGCCUGGAGUGAUUGGAGGAAGCAAACCUAGAGUAGCCACGCCAGAUGUAGAGAGACGGAUAGAGGAAUAUAAAUCGGAAAAUCCAGGAAUUUUCAGUUGGGAAAUUCGUGACAG